UCUUGGUUCCUAUUUUAGCUGUCCUUUUUGUUAUGAUAGGUUAUCAGUACAUAUGUCCCGCUGGCAGCAAUUCGUGCCACUUUAAGACUGGGGAGAAAUUAAGAGGGGUAAGCCUACUUUCCACCCCGUACCAGGACAGCGAUGAUUUCUACAGAGAUCAAGACCUGGAGGAUGACAGCCCUCCUAAACUACCGUCAAAAUUCAACUUCACCGAAAGAGACCUUGACCGACACGUGGAGUUCAACAUCAAAGGGGACGACGUGAUAGUGUUUUUGCACAUCCAGAAGACCGGGGGAACUACUUUCGGGAGACACUUGGUGAGGAAUAUUCGCUUGGAGCAGCCGUGCGACUGCAAACCCGGACAGAAGAAAUGCACAUGUCACCGACCAGGGAAAGAGGAGUCCUGGCUCUUCUCCCGGUUCUCUACUGGCUGGAGCUGCGGACUUCAUGCAGACUGGACCGAGCUUUCGAACUGUGUGCCUGUUAUUAUGGAUAAGAAGGAGGCCCAGAGAAAUAAAAGGUGACACCCACUGUCCCCAUUCCGUCACCAUCAAAAAGCCGAACAAGAUGCCGAGAACCUCAAAAACGGUCCAUUAUGGGCUGCCAGAGGGAGCGCAGACACCAUUAAGGAAUGGUAUCGGUUACAAAUAAUGCAUGUCUCCAGUCUCAAUCUCAUCUUGUCUGCGAGAAACAGGACAGACAAGAUGUACAGAUGAUCCACAGAGACCUUGCAUGCUGAAUAACACCCUCGCUCUUACAGACCAAGGACAUCUGCUCACCAGAGAGAUGGUGAAGACAGGAUUCAGGCAAGAGCUGGACACAUUAUCCCACUUGAAAGUCAUUAAAACGAGUUAUGGUCAGCUGGAACAAACCUACGGCAUUUGCGUUCAAAGCACACCAGACUUGUGUGCCCCGUUUAUUGCAGCAUAUUGUGAUUGUCUUUAUUGUUCUGCUUUGGGAAUGUUACAGUUCAUAAAGUGGAAUGAGAAAGGAGAGACCUUAUGAGUCUCAAUCACCUUACCGCUGGUAAUAUCAAUGUCUCUUUUAUUUACUGCUGAAAUUAAAGACCACAGGGAUGGAGGAAGUCAUUACCUAGAGAAGUGAUUUCUCUUUAAACAUCUUAUCACAUGGCGUAUGGUGCAGCACUCAAGGUUUUCUCACAAGGUUAGGCACAUAGCACGUAUUGUAACAUCUCUAAAGUGGUAAAAGAUGCACUAAUCAAGAUGAAUUAUAAUCAAAUGCAUUUGUUAAAGCUUCUUGUAACACUGUGAGAAGUCAGCCUGUUCAGA